AAUUUGUCUUUUUUCGAGAGAUUUUUUUGAGUGUUCCAUAUGACUCAAUUGACAGGCCAUCGUCGUGUUAGAGCACGCAAGCUUUCCGGAUGACGCAAGCGAACGACGACGCCCCAAAUUGUCCGAACACGUUCUCAAGAACAAACGAACGUGAACCAUUGGAAAGUCCUUGACUUUAUCUAUUGUGAGUCCUCGGCUGCUGUAGCUGGACGAUGGGAACCACACCCACCUUCUUCGCCGCCCACUCUGAUGAUGCCGAGACUCCCCUGCUCCGAGACGCCGUCGACGGCGCCGUCGACUACAGAGGCCGUCCCGUCGCGAGAUCCGCCUCCGGCGGGUGGAGAUCCGCCGGUUUCAUCAUCGGGGUGGAAGUGGGGGAGAGGGUCGCGUACUACGGGAUCUGUUCGAACCUGAUAAAUUACUUGACGGGGCCGCUCGGUCAGUCCACGGCCGCGGCGGCGGCGAACGUGAACGCGUGGUCGGGCACGGCGUCGCUCUCGCCUCUAGUUGGGGCUUUCGUCGCCGACUCGUUCCUCGGCCGCUACAGGACCAUCGUCGGUGCUUCUCUCCUCUACAUCUUGGGGCUAGGCUUGUUGACUCUCUCAGCCAUGAUUCCGUCUUCCGGUACAACUGAUUGCCAAAGCAAUGGCACGAUUCAAACCUCUUCUUGCUUUCCCCCUCUCCACCAAGUGGUGUUGUUCUUCUUUUCUCUGUAUCUGGUAGCAUUUGCACAAGGAGGCCACAAGCCCUGUGUACAGGCAUUUGGUGCUGAUCAGUUCGAUGGGCAAAAUCCAGAGGAGUGCAAAGCCAAAAGCUCAUUCUUCAAUUGGUGGUACUUUUGCAUGUGUGGGGGAAUGUUAGUAACGCUUCUCAUCCUGAACUACAUACAGGACAACCUUAACUGGGGUCUGGGAUUUGGAAUACCUUGCGCUUAUAUGGCAGCCGCUUUAGUUCUUUUCCUGCUCGGUACCAAAACAUAUCGCUAUAGCUUCAAAAAUGAUGAGAGAAGCCCAUUUUUGAGGAUCGGUUCUGUGUUUGCUACAGCAGCUAGGAACUGGAAAACCACCACAAUGGCAUUAGUUGCCGAAGAAGAAUCUCGUGGAACCUUGCCUUAUGAAGGAUCUGGCCAAUUCAAGUUCCUCAAUAAGGCCUUGCUAUCGUCGGACGGUUCAAAGGGCGACGGCAAGGUUUGCACCUUUGGUGAGGUGGAAGAAGCGAAGUCAGUAUUAAGACUCACUCCAAUAUGGGCGACAAGCUUGGUUUAUGCCGUAGUAUUUGCUCAGUCCUCUACUUUUUUUACCAAGCAAGGAGUAACUAUGGACCGAUCCAUCACACCUGGAUUCGACGUUCCACCCGCGUCACUACAGUCCUUCAUCAGUCUUUCAGUCGUCCUGUUUAUUCCCAUCUACGACCGCGUGUUCGUUCCUCUAGUGAGAGGUUUUACUCAAAGACCCUCUGGCAUCACGAUGCUCCAAAGGAUAGGGACUGGGAUGUUCUUAUCUGCUGUUUCUAUGGUGGUCGCCGCACUAGUCGAGAUGAAAAGACUCGAAACUGCUCGAGAACACGGACUGGUCGAUAAGCCUAACGCGACUGUUCCAAUGAGCGUGUGGUGGCUGAUUCCUCAGUAUGUCUUGUUUGGGAUCUCGGACGUGUUCACAAUGGUGGGUUUGCAAGAGUUCUUCUAUGAUCAGGUUCCAAGUGAGUUGAGAAGCGUGGGCCUUUCCUUGUAUCUCAGUAUUUUCGGUGUCGGCAACUUUCUCAGCAGCUUUCUCGUGUCUGCCAUAGCGGAGGCGACCGGAGGCAACGGGAGAGAGAGCUGGUUUGCCAAUAACCUCAACAGAGCUCAUCUAGAUAACUUUUAUUGGCUCCUAGCCGGGCUAAGUGCAUUGGAACUGGUCGUCUAUCUGUAUUUUGCUAAAUCUUAUAUCUACAACAGGUCAAGUACAACAUAAGAUGCUCUGCUUUCACAGCUGUAAUAUCAAAGCCAGUUUGAUAAUGUACCAUCAUUUGGGGAUACUUCUGUGAACUGCUGUAAAAAAUUUGCAUGGUGUUGAAAACUUAGUACCAGAGAGAUGUGAAUUACUCUCAGGUGUCAUAGAUUAGAAAUUACAGUUUGAAAAAGAUUUUAUGUGAUGGC